AUGCCCGAAACUAUACAACAUUUAUUCUUUGAAUGCCCCCUUACGGCUUCGACUUGGUCUGAUCUUACUCAACCGGUUAAUGCUAGCUCUGGCUUCGCGACGUGGCUGGAAGGUGUGGUCGUUGCUGGUAAUAUGAUGACAAUACUCCGGAGUGUGGCGAUCUGCUGGAGUAUUUGGCAGGGGAGAAAUGGGCUAAUAUGGAAUAGCAAACCAUGGCAUGCAAACAAUGUUCCUUCUGAAGCUGUUCAACUUGUUAAUGAUUGGAUAGGUCUGCAAAAUGAGGUUGUAGCUGCUGACUGUUUACCUCAAUUGGGUGGUGCUUCUAACAUGAAUGAAGGGAUGCUCAAGUAUUAUGUGGAUGCGGCUGUAUUUCCAAAUCAUGAUCAUGUGUUUUAUGGUGUGGUCAUUUUGAAUUGUGAUGGUGGCUUUGUGGCUGCUCGUAAUGGUUUUUUCCGUUGCAUGAACAAUGCUCAUCUUGUAGAAGCCAUGGCAAUAAAGGAAGCAUUGUCUUGGGCUAAAGAUAGAUGUGAUAUGAAGAUUUUGGUCCUCUCUGAUUGUCAGAUGGUCUGUAAGUUUAUUAACAGGUCCGUAGUGGACCUAUCUUAUGCGGGUUGCGUCAUUGAAGAUUGCAAGGUGAUUCUAAUAAAUGAAUACGAUAAAGAUAAGGAUAUAAUGGAUGUAAAGACAAGAAACGUGUGUCAUGGAGACAAGAUUUGUAUUGAUAAUCAAUGUAAUUAUUUUACAAGAGAGUUUGUGAUGUCCUAA